AAUAAUAUAGAUAUUCUAAUUACUAUUCCACAUUAUUAGCUACAAUCUACAAUGAAACUUAUGUAAGUUGACCACUUCACAAGGAACGAACGGUGCUCCUUGUUGUCGAGUGCACUGUGCAAACCAGUAAAAUGUUAUCUCAGAUUGGUCUCCUGUUCCUCACUGGAGCGUUAUGGGGCUGCACCAACCCCUUCAUCAGACAAGGGACCAAGGGUCUACGGAGUGUCAAGUCCAAGACCUGGGUUGGCCAGGCCGCUGCAGAAGUGACCUUCCUACUGGGUAACUGGAAAUACGUGGUACCGUGGUUGGUGAACCAGAGCGGAUCACUGGUGUACUUGGCAGCAGUGCAACGUGCGCCAUUGUCCCUGGCAGUGCCAGUUGCCAACAGCCUGGCAUUCGCGUUUACUGCGCUCACCGACGCUGUGGUUGGCACGGAGGAACCCUUGGAUGGAGUUUCGAUGAUCGGCGUUGGUCUCAUCGCUUUGGGUACAGCUUUUUGUUGCUGGGAUAGUGCAGAGGUUUUAUAGCAGUACUUCCACUAUUUUAUAUACUUAGAUAAUUAAUAUUUUUUUUUUAAAAGCA